AUGAAGUUAUAUUUCAACUGUGGAAAGUUUCUUCCGAGUCUGGAAGAGAAACAGGUUAACAGAUGCAUAAAAGUAAUGUUAAUCUGUGAUAAACCGGAGGGAAAGAACAUGAAGCUUGUUAUGCUGAAGUUUGAUCACUCCUCAAAAAUGCCAUUGCAGUUGAUUAUAGAACAACAUAUGUAUACAGUUAUCUCUCUUUCUCUAACAAUACCACUUAAACGACUGGAGGAGGCUAGGGCAGAAGAGGGUCUUUGUUGGAGUACCGUCUGCACCGUCAUCGUGGGAAUUUCCCUCACCGUCGAACGCCUCCUCCACUACGCCGGAAAGCUUCUAGGUUUCCCUCCUAUGUUCAUGGGCUGGAUUAAAACUUGUGUAUCUUCAGCUUCCUUCAGCAUCUCAAUUAAUGGUGAACUUUGUGGUCAUCUUAGAAGUGUCAAGGGCUUAAGGCAGGGUGAUCCUCUCUCACCCUUCCUUUUCACUAUUGUUAUGCAAGGCGUCACCUCAAUUGUUGACAAGUUCAUUGCUGAAAGGUCCUUCAAGUACCAUUGGAGAUGCAAUGAGUUGGGGUUGUCUCACUUAAUUUUUGCAGAUGAUCUAAUGUUGUUCUCACAUGCUAGUCUGCCAUCAAUUCAAACACUUAAGGGUGCCAUGGACAUGUUUUACUCUCUUUCUGGUCUUCAAGUCAAUCUAAGCAAGAGUCAGGUCUUUCUUUCAGGGGUGAGUACACAACUGGAAACUGACAUCCUUGGAUUGCUGGGAAUUGAGAAAGGUCUUCUUCCUGUUAGAUACCUUGGUGUACCAUUGAUUACUAAAAUGCUAAGAGCCAAUGAUUGUAGAACUUUUGUGGACAGAAUCACUUCAAGAAUUGCUUACUGGACAAGCAAGCACCUUUUAUUUGCCGGAAGGCUCCAGCUCAUUAGAGCAAUUCUCUUUUCAACUCAAAUGACUGGUGCCAACGUUGCUUGGGAAAAGUGUUGCAUUCCCAGUAAAGCUGGAGGUCUUAGUAUUCCAAACUUGCAAAUUUGGAAUGAAAGUGCAGUCAUGAAGCAUUUUUGGAACAUUCUAUGUUCAAGCCCUCUGCAUCAACACAUAUUACCUCAUCAGAUUACUUCAGCUGGAUUUGACAGCAAAACCAAAGUGAACAUUUUCAUUAGCAACAACUCAUGGUCCUUUCCCCAAUUCAUUACAACCCUUUUGCCACAACUACUGGACACCUCCUCACUGCCUAAUCUUAAAACCCACUGCAUUGACAAAUACAUUUGGAUUCCUUCCAAGUUUAGCCAAUUUUCCAUAGCAAGAACCAUGGAUUACUAUAACCUACAGUACCCUAGUUUACCUUGGACCCACCUUGUAUGGUUCAACUCUUCCAUUCCCAAGCACUCAUUUACACUUUGGGUUGCAAUUCAGCAGAGGUUGCCUACACUGGAUAGAAUAUGUACAGCACAUAUUAAUUCCACAAUGUGUACCCUGUGCAAUGCAGAACCUGAAUCUCAUGAUCACUUGUUUUUUAGUUGUUCAUUUGUCCAGCCUCUAUGGAAAUUUCUACAGGCACGUUGUGGAUUCUAUAUUCAACCUACUUCCUGGACUCAGCUCAUUGCUUGGGCAGCCUUUCAUUGGAGGGGAAAUUCUGAUCACCACAACAAUACAGUCUCAAAAUUGGCACUAGCUUCCCUUGUCUACAACAUCUGGAUUGAGAGGAAUAUGAGAAUCUUCAAGAAGAAAGCUCGCAGUGCUAACUUUUUGCUCUACCUCACCUUAGAAGCAAUCCGCUCCAAAAUUCUCUUAUCAACAAUUUCUGAUACCUUCAAUGUUAGUAGAGUUGCUGUUGAAUGGGAGCUUCCUGAGUCUGUUAUUCGACCUCCAAAGAAACCACCUGACCCUAGAAGAUAA